UUUCUUCUGAUCUCUUUGUUCCUUUCUUUUUGCCCUUGUUUCUUUCUCUCUUUCUUUCUUGCAGCUUCUACUCAUAAGCCAGGUCCUAGUUUUGUCCCUUUCCAGAGCCAAAGUGACCUACAAAAUAAGGGUAAGUUGUCCUUGGCUGCUUACCCUAAAAAGAGAGAGUAGGGUGGAAGGUGGAGGGUGGAGGGUGGAGGGGUAGGGUUUGAAGAUGAAGGAGAGUGGUAGGAAGCAAGGUGCAGCCUCUCCAUGUGCAGCUUGCAAGCUUCUUAGGAGAAGAUGUGCUCAGGACUGUGUUUUUGCUCCUUAUUUUCCUGCAGAUGAGCCCCAAAAGUUUGCUAAUGUCCACAAGGUUUUUGGUGCUAGCAAUGUCAACAAGAUGUUACAGGAGCUGCCGGUUGAGCAGAGAGGAGAUGCAGUGAGUAGCAUGGUGUAUGAAGCAAAUGCAAGGGUUCGGGAUCCGGUUUAUGGAUGCGUUGGGGCCAUUUCAUCACUGCAACAACAAAUUGACUUGCUCCAAACUCAACUGGCCUUGGCUCAAGCUGAGGUGGUGCACUUGAGGGUGCGGCAGGCUGCCUCUUUAUCCACUACUCGUCAUCCCAUUAGCCCUUCCAACAGUGCUGCUUCCCCCUCCCCCUCGUCCAACUUCAUGCCCCCUUCACAUACUAAACCAUUUUUUGAAAUGGACAUGGUUGUUGACCAUGAUAGCUUGGGAGAGUCUGUGUGGUACCCUAGCUAGCAACCUACCUACCUACCUACCUUUCCCAAUCUCUCACUAUGCUUUUUUUUUUUUUUUUUUACAUAUAUAUAUAAUAUAUAUAUCGUUACUCUUAGAUUUUGUACCCCAUCUUUCUUCCUUUUUUUUUUUGUCUCUUUAUAUCUGUAUGUCUCCAUUUCAAGAUCCUUACUAUACAUCCACAUUGGUGGUGGUGGCUGCGGUGGUGGUGGCGGUGGCGGCAACGGGCAGCCGCGAUGAUUGAUGAUUGAUGAUUGAUGAUGGUAGUAUUAGGAGGCAUUUAUUUAGGUUUGAAAAGGGUGGUCUUUGUCAUUAACAAUAUUGUAAAUAGGUUAUAACUUUAUAUGAUGGGUAAUUAAAUAGUGGAUUGUGAACAUUUGACUUCCCAUUGAA